AAAAAGUCGGAAGCUUUUCUUUAAAUGUUCCACUUACACUCCUCAAUUCAUUCAUGGAUUCGUUUCUUACAUGUCCAAAUAUAUGAUAAAAACCCCCAGGCUCCUAGGGUUGUUUCCGAACUAGAAAGCCAGAUGCCAAGAUGGCUUCGGAAAUGUGUCCGAUGAAGCCUGAACCGACUUUGUCAUUCACCCAAGGGCUCAUCGUCGGUCAAAUCUCCGUUGUCCUACUUCUUGCGGCUUUCAUCAAAUUCUUCAUUUUCGGCGAAGCUCCCAAUCCCGAAAUUACAGCUACCGUCCGAGCUGCCGAACGUCGGUCCCGUACCCUCGCUCACAGAGAAUCCCUCCUCACCUUACGGAACUCAACACCCAUCAUCACUACGAGACAACAACAGCAACCAACAUUAAAAAAGAAGAAAUCGAGUAUAUUACGAAGUCCACCUACGCUUACGAUAGGAUCAAUCCUAAACAAAACGUAUUACAAUGUUGAUAGCCACCAACCUGAAUCCCUUGACUGGUUCAAUGUUCUCAUCGCCCAGACCAUUGCCCAGUUUCGCAGCGAUGCCCAGCAGGAUGACGCCAUCCUUUCCUCCCUUACUAAAGCUUUAAACGGAACCUCGCGCCCAGACUUCCUCGACGAAAUUAAAGUUACCGAAUUGACACUUGGCGAAGAUUUUCCCAUUUUCAGCAAUUGUCGUAUCAUACCCGUAGACGAGGAUGGACUAAGCCUAAACACAGGACCCGGAGGCGAGAAGCGCUUCGAUGCUAAUAGCUCGCGCGCGAAACAGGAAGGGUCAAGACUACAAGCGCGCAUGGAUGUCGACUUGAGUGAUAUGAUCACACUGGCACUCGAAACUAGGAUUCUUCUCAAUUACCCGAAGAGGUUGACAGCUGUUCUGCCCGUCGCUCUCGCUGUGAGCGUUGUGCGAUUUAGCGGUACCCUAAGCAUAUCCUUCAUUCCGUCGAAUCCAUCGCAAUCAACACCUACUAUGAUGACGUUUAGCUUCCUCGAUGACUACCGCCUAGACUUUUCCGUCCGUAGCCUCGUUGGCAGUCGGUCUAGAUUACAAGACGUGCCAAAGAUUGCGCAGCUCGUCGAGUCACGCUUGCACCGCUGGUUUGACGAACGUGCCGUCGAGCCUCGAUUCCAAGAGAUCGCUUUGCCGAGCCUGUGGCCCCGUAAGAGGAACACGCGUGGCGGGGAGGAUCCCCUCUUCGACGGUGCCUCCAAUUCGUCCGCAUCCGGUAGUGCCGGGAAGGGAAAGGGCCGUGAGAUAGCGAGGGAGAUGCGAGAGGAGGCGCGGAAAGAGGUCCAGGCCGAAGUUGCCGCGGGUGUAAGACGCGAGUUGAGCCCGCCGGAUAGCUUACGGUAUAGACGCAUGAGGAGCCGGGGUGAUGGAUCAGAUAUUGGCACAAGCGAGUACAGUAUGCCGGGGAGUCUGCCGGGCAUGGCGAUCGACCUACCGAGUUGAAAUGACAAGGGAUUUUUGGUACUACACACGCUCACGAGAAUCGACGACGAUGGAUAUUAUGGCUGAUGAGAGAAUGUAAGUUAUUCAACCUAAACUAAUGGGAGCUCACUGUAACUGCACUUCCCCACUCAACACAAAGACGACUUCGUCGCGCCCUGAGACGAGGGGGCUGCUUGUGGGAGGGGUGGCUAGAGAAUGGGAAAUACCGCAAUCUGGGUACCUACCUACCUACCUACCUACCUCUAUAUGCCGAGGAUUGCGUGUCUAUCCUCGUCCCCUCGUGGCCUAAAAUGGGGUAUCUAGGUACCUAUCAAGACCAGACAUGGCUUGUCUGCAAGGAAUAAACCCCCACGAUUAGAGUUCUAGGCUGGGGUUAAGGGCGAGUGGUACGAUAUAUAUAUAUGUAAAGAUGUAAAGAUGUAAAGUAUUCGAUGAUAUGUGGUUUGCGAAGUAGGUAGGAUGACAUUUACGAUAUACCCUGCAUUGUACCAUUUACACACACACACAUAAUCAUGUAGCUACCUACCUAGCUGUAUACUAUUAUGUAGUACUACUAAAUAGAUGGAUGUAUACUACUA